AUGCCUAUAAGUAAGAAUAAGCUGUUUUUACUACUCGGAAUGAUCUGUUUGGGACAAGGUAAAUCUGCAACUCUUUCUCUUUCCAAAGCUCCCACUUGUGGGCGGAGUCUGGUGAAGGCACAGCCUUGGAAUUACUUGAACUUUUUCAGUCGCAUUGUUGGGGGAAGACAAGUGGUAAAGGGCUCUUACCCAUGGCAGGUGUCUCUGAAACAAAGGCAGAAGCAUAUCUGUGGUGGAACCAUCAUUUCUCCACAGUGGGUGAUUACAGCUGCUCACUGCGUGGCCAACAGAAAUAUUGCAUCAGCUUUGAAUGUUACUGCUGGAAAACAUGACUUGAGCCAUACAGAGCCAGGAGAGCAAACCCUCACCCUUGAAAGCAUCAUCAUACACCCACAUUUCUCUACCAAGAAACCAAUGGACUAUGAUAUUGCUCUUUUGAAGAUGGCAGGCACCUUCCGUUUUGGUCUGUCUGUGGGGCCCAUGUGUCUUCCAGAGCCAGGAGAACAAUUUAAGGCUGGACUGAUUUGUAUAACUGCAGGCUGGGGCCGCCAGACUGAAGAUGGCAACCUCUCGCAAGUCUUGCAGGAAGUGAACCUGCCCAUUCUGACGCAGAAGGAGUGUGUGGCAGCUCUGUUAACCCUGCAGAGGCCCAUCAGCGGGCGGACCUUGCUCUGCACGGGCUUCCCUGAUGGAGGGAGAGAUGCGUGUCAGGGAGACUCAGGAGGUUCCCUCAUGUGCAGGAAUAAGAAAGGGACUUGGACUCUCGCUGGUGUGACUUCCUGGGGAUUGGGCUGUGGUCGAGGCUGGAGAAACAAUGUGCAGAAAGGCAAUCAAGGAUCCCCUGGGAUCUUCACAGAUCUUAGUAAAGUGCUUCCCUGGAUCCAAAAACACAUCCAAAUUGGGAAGUGGAGAAAGAGCUCCAGAGCCACAUGCAGCGAGAAGGACAGUGCGGUCAGCAAGUCGGAGGGGGAGCUGCACUUCCCAGAAAGCCCCUACCUCUAUUACGACAGCAAGCAACUGUGUGUCUGGACCCUGUCCAUACCCGAGGAAAUGCAUGUGUUACUCAGUUUUUCCCACUUGGAUGCAGAGUCUUGUCACCACAACUACCUGUCGAUACAUUCUUUAGAAGAAAGACUUAUUGGGAAAUUCUGUGGUGAAAACCUCGCUUCAUCAGUUCUUGUUGCCGCCAGCUCUUUGAGGCUGAAGUUCAUCUCUGACGCCACAGAUCAUGCCGCUGGGUUUAAUCUCACCUAUAAAGCCAUUAAGCCAAACUACCUUCCUGAUUCAGGUUGCAGCUCCUUAACUGUCCUUUUUGAAGAAGGCCUCAUACAGAGUCUUCGUUAUCCUGAAAACUACACUGACAUGGCCAACUGUAACUGGGUUUUUCAAGCCCCCCAGCAUUAUGUAAUUAAGCUUUCCUUUCAGGACCUGGAAAUAGAGGAGAGUGGAGACUGUACUUCCGACUACAUGACAGUGCACAGGGAUGUAGAAAGGAAGAAGGAAAUAGCUCGGUUGUGUGGCUUUGUUGCCCCUGUGCCUGUGCUGAGCUUCUCCAGCGUAAUGCUCAUCAGCUUCCAGUCCGAUGAAAAUGUGACCUUCAGAGGCUUUCAGGCUACAGUCGCCUUCAUUCCUGAAACAGUAUGCCCAGACUUAAACAUCUCCAGGUCAGAGGAUGAGUCAAUGUUUCUGGAGACAUGGAAUGUCCUACCUGAAGAAUCCGAUGCUUCUGUUUCUGGCAAAUUCUGGUCAUUCCCAGUGUCUCAAGCCUCUUGCCUUUAUACAGUGUUACUCCAUCAGACCGAGCCAACACUUGCUGAGGGCCUGCUCUUUGCCAGCCCUAUUCCCAAGCUGGGCAUUUAG